AUGGCUUCAACCCCUUCUGAAUCUUCCUCGUUACUGCAACAUGCGCAAUCCGACCUCCGAUAUUCGUCGCAGGGCGAGCCACGGCCCCCCAAAACCGUAUCGUUUGGCCCCGAUCCCAGAGUCGGCGGUUCAACAACAACACCAGCUCGCGGAAAUAUCCUAAGACCACUGCACUCUGCAACACCAUCGCUGCAGAGCGGCUCUGGCCAGCCCGUCCUCGCAGCCCUUAAUAGCAAGCUCCGUCGGAGACACAGCCAGGAACCUCCGCUGGUGCUGAGCCCACCUCCGAAGAUUGGCCCGCAACGGACGACGAAGAACACCCAGAAGCUCAAGCUCUUGCCCAACCCAGUGACCGGCGAAGACGAUGAGUGGAUCGACGAAGCUAUUCCAAGAGAUGUGUACUCGCAGAUUAAACGAAUUAAGGAGCCCACCGCAAGAAGAGAUGCCGCUAGGUUGGGUAAGGCGGAUCGUGAUCGACUGCCGCGGGUUACGGCCUACGGCACGGCAAACUCAUACAGGCUGGAAGGGGUGAUGAAAUUCUUCAAAUCGCGAGUGCAUUCCAGAGGGACGAAUCCAAAGCUUUUCGAUGAAUGCGUCUAUUCGCCCUAUAACUAUGGGUUUGAGUCGAAAAGCAGUUUUUCGCAAGAGCCAUCUAAGAUACCACAAAACUCCAUACACCCUCCCCCGUGGACAUCCACCGAGCCCGCACCACGGCGUUUCUCCGACAGCGAGUUUGAAAUCGAAGGCCACCGGGAAGAACAGCGCGAACAAUUGCUGAGUAUGCAAGGAGCGAAUACUAACGGCCUCAAGCCGCAACAUGAACUCCCCGAUGAAGACCAUUCCCAAUCAUCCUCGAAAGCUCUCGCCUCUGGCUCCCUCGGCCACGACACCCAGGAUUUAAAUACAACAAUUCACACCCCCGAAGUUUUCCUCUUCGAUUAUGGCACCGUCGUAAUAUGGGGCAUGACUCCGUCGCAAGAAACUCGUUUUCUGAACGAAAUAUCCAAAUUUGCGGACUCCGUUCUCUCCGCCGAAGACAUGCAGGUCGAGAACUUCAAUUUUUACUAUACACGCGACUACCAGGCCCGCAUAUACAACGAUUUCAUAUCGCUCCGUGACCCCCGAAGUUACAUGACGAAGCUCGCCAUUUCCCACGCCCUCUCUCAGUCCGUUAAGACCUCGCUUUUUGAGGACCUUGUUUCUGAGACCAUCGCUUCGACCGCUCCGCUGCCCGCGCAGAUCGCUCAGACUGGAAGUGUAAACCUCACUCGCCGACAAAUAAAUAUGCAGAUCGGGGAAUUGUUUAUCCUGCGAAUAAAUAUCCAUCUUCAAGGGUCGGUGCUUGAUAGCCCGGAGCUGAUGUGGGCCGAACCGCAACUCGAUCCCAUUUACCAGGCCAUGAGGAGUUAUCUGGAGAUGGACCAGAGGGUCGGGUUGUUGACGGAGAGACUGGAUGUCAUUGCCGAUUUGCUGGCGGUCUUGAAGGACCAAUUGAGCCAUCGACAUGGAGAAUAUCUGGAAUGGAUUGGUAAGAUUGUCCCACUGUUUUUAGAAGGCAAUAAAACAAAAACAAAAAAUUCAUGGCACAACUAA